CCGUGUUUUAUAUACAUAUCGUCCAUGAAGAAGUUGUUUAACAAUUCAGCCGCCUACGCGGCAGUGAGACAGACAGAUGUGUACCACACCACCACGGAGCCGCUGCAGGAGUCCCUCAGCCCCACGCAAGCCGUCUUCCACAAGUACCUCAAGGGACAGUUCAACGACAAGCCCAAAUGGGUUUUCACGACUAUGAUAUGCGGCCUGUGUGCCAUCACUAUCGGUUCGAUAAUACUAGCUGUGAAUCCUUACGAGAUAGUAUUCCGCCAGAAAGUCACCUUCUACCCUGACAGCGAAGAAUUCGUGAUGUGGGAAAAACCGGAAGUGGAGUUGUACCUGAAAGUUUACCUGUUCAAUGUUACCAACAGCGAAGAAUUCAUGUCAGGGAAAGAAAAUAAACUUAGAUUCCAGCAAACUGGACCUUAUGUCUACAGGGAAUUGAUGCAUCACAGUAACGCCACCUUUAACGAAAACGGUACUAUAACUUCGAUCCCAGUUCACCCAUUAGUCUACAUGCCUCACAUGACAAAUGGAUCUCAGGACGAUUAUUUAAUAAUGCCUAAUAUCGCUCUUCUGAGUUUCGCUCAGGUGAUGCGAGACGCUUCCAUCUUCACCAGGCUAGGUGUGAACAUGCUCAUAAAAAACACGAAAACCCAACCCUUGGUGAGGAUGACAGCUAAGGAGUUCAUGUUUAGCUACAAGUCCACCCUCUUAACAAUUGGCAAUAGUUUCUUGCCCAAUUGGAUACAUUUUGACAAGCUUGGACUGAUCGACAGGAUGUAUAAUUUUGAUGGAGACUCAAGUACAACUUUUUCUGGACAAAAAGAUAUCCGACGGUCAGGUUUGAUUGAUAACUAUAGAGGAACCCCUUACCUUCCACAUUGGCCAAGUCCACCUUGUAACAAUGUGAGUUACGCCAGUGAUGGGACCAAAUUUCCCUCUAGAAUAACGAAGGACCAAGAGCUGCUCUUUUUUAGAAGAUCUCUUUGUAGGUCGAUGCCAUUGGUUCGUGUAGGAGAAGAAGUAGUUAGCGGAAUGCAUGCUUACCGCUAUAAUUUCAAGAAAAAUGCACUAGACAAUGGAGAAGUAGAUCCCAAGAAUAAAUGCUUCUGCAAAAAUAAAUGUUUUCCACGUGGAAUAUUCGAUGUACAGGAUUGUUACUAUGGUUUCCCGAUUGCUCUAUCAUAUCCACAUUUUAUGGAUGCUGACCCAAAAGUCCUUGAUUCAGUAGAAGGUUUGAAACCAGAUCAUGAUUUACACCAUACUUAUUUUGUUAUUAAUGAAGAAUCUGGAUUACCUCUGAAUGUCUCAGUAAAAAUGCAAAUAAACAUGGUAUUUGAUGAUCUGUCAAAAAUUUCAAAUGUCCCCAGAUUCAGCCAUAGGAUUCUUCCAAUGUUAUGGAUGGAUAUUACGAUGAAGGAGUUACCACCUUCCAUGGCCAGGAAAUUCUAUCUUUACCUGACUGUUGGACCAAUAGCUCAAGCCCUCUCCACCUACCUCCUGUUGACCUGUGGGGUAGCAUUCAUCUUGCUCUCCCUGGCUUCUGCUUUAUUAAUACCAAGGAUGAGGCUUGUGUCCAGCAACCGAGGAGAUAAUCAGGAAUCAGUAGAAAGGAAGCCAGAACCGCCAAUUGGAAAGAAGAGAGUCCCAACUAUUCCAAUGCAAAACAAUAAUCGAGAAAUGGAUAUGUAUUACUGUUCAUUGCUUGCAGUUCCUCCAGAAGAAUCAUAGAAGCUUUUUACCUUAUUUAUUCAAAGGUAGAUAGGCUGACUCCCAAAAUUUUUAUCCACUCAUUCAGUUGCUUUUCUUUAGAUAUAAAUUGGAUACUUAAGAUUGAACUCAUUGCCAUUAAAUAUCUAUCAUGUAAUAUAAAAGAUAAGUUUGAUAAUUCUAUUAAUUUCAUGUCGUUGAAAAUUCAAAUGAAUUGAAUUCAUAAUGGUUCUCUUUUACAAAAUUAUUAAAACUGAAUAAGUUAAUAACAUGGCACAGUAGGGGAAAUUUUAACUUAAUCUUUCAAUUAUGAUAAUGUAUUAGAAAACAAUAUUUAUUAUUUUUUUAAAUCAAGUUUUUAUUACCAAAAAAAAUGAGUUUAAAUCAUCAAUUAAAAGGAAAAAUCAUUUCCAAUUUAUAAGGUUUAUAAAUACUGUGUCCUUUCUAAUGCUUUUUUUAAAAUUUGAAAUCUCAAGAUAAUCCUGUUAAGUGUACAUAUGUAUAUAACUAUAUAUAUAUUUGUUUAGGUUGCUUAUAAAUGGCAGACUUACUAGUUUAGCUUUUAAAAAUCAGAAAAUGUAAUAAUUCUUAUUUUUGUAAUGUUAUACUUUAGUGGAAAUAUUUUUUUUAUUUUAUGUUUUUUGUUCUUUUUAAUACGUAUUUCAUUGGCUUCACACAGUCAUUUUCAUUUUAUAGGAAAUUAUUUUAAUUGUUUAAAAUUUAUUUUCAUUUCAAUUUGUUAUUCAGAACUAAAAAUCUAUGUAAUUUUAAAACAAUUGCUACUUAUAAAUAGCAUAGCAUAGGUCACAAAAUUCUACUCAGAUAAUUCCAGUUCAGAUAACAAAUUGUGAUAAGAUCAUAUAUUCAAAAUCAGUAAAAUCAUAAAUCUUAUUGAAAAAAAGAUAACAAUUUGAGUUCCUCUUGUAUAAAAAAAAAUCUCUAUUAGACCAUAUUUUUCAUAUAACUAUUUACACUAUAUAUACAUACAGAAAUAUGUUUUCUGAAUAUUAUUUGUUAAACAGUAGUUACAGAGAAUUGUGAUAUAGUUAUUAAGUCUUUAUUUUUUGAUUAGCUCCAUUAUUUUCUAGCCAUAAGUCAUUUUAUACAUGGCCUGAAAUAGUUUAUAAUCUAAGUAGUCAUAAAGGUAUACAUAAAAAUUGAUUCCUAUACAGCAAAGUAGAUUUAACUAAGAAAGCAUUGCUCAAUUUUAAAAACAAUUUUUUUAUGUUUCAUAAUUGUUCUUAUUCGCAUCAGACACAAUGGUAAUUAUUUAGACAAUUCCUCCGUUAAGCUUUUCAAAUAUCUCAAACCAAUUUAACUAUUUAAUACAAGUAGUUAACUAAUACAUGUAUAUUAGGAGUAGCAAUUUAGUUGUCAUUUCUUCAUACAGUUUCCAAUAGAAUAGUAACUAUUAUUUUACAUAGGCUGAAGAACUUGGCAAUACAAGUUUGUAAUAAUCUUUCAGAAAUAGUUUUGAGGUUGUGCUAUUCAUCAAUAUUGUAAAUACUAUUUCUUAAUCUUUAUUGGACAGUUUAGUGAUUCAUUUAGUGAUAUGUCCAUAAUAUUAAAUUUAGUGUGUAAUAUUUAUUUAAAUGUAUAUAUGUAAUGUAAAAUAAAUGUAUAUUGUUUAUUAUGUUAUAAUUAAAUUUUUU